CAGGUCUCUCCACUCCCCCUACACCGUGUCUUGUUACCCCUACCAGGUUGCUCGGCUCGUUACCGCUUCUGUUCGGCGUCGUAUCCGCUCGGAUUGAGCGAGGCGGAGCGAUUACACGCUUAUCAUCGCGACGAACCGACGCACUCGGUAACCGUACGUUCCACGGUGGACCAGCUCGUCAGGCUGCAUCGAUACAGACGUCCCCGUGUUUCUCGAUAUCCCGCGAUCACCCGUCAAACAGCGAUCGAUCGUCGCCGGUGAUAGAUCGUCGAAGGAACGCGACGUGAAACUCGGUUACCUCCCCUUCGCUCGCUCCCCCACGAACUCGAUAGAUCUGGUGCAUCGGAGGGAUCGCUGGAGGGAUGGAACGUUGAAUCUUUCGGAGGAUCAGCGGAGCAGAGAUCGAGGAAGAAGGAGAGAGGCUGAUCCGGAGCGCAGCCUCGAUCGCGAGACAGUGUGCCGCGUUAAUCGCUGGUGGUGGCCGAUGGUCGAUGAGUGUGGGUGAUGACAGAUGUGUUUUGCUCCCGUGUUCCGUUCGCCGUCGUCGUCGUCGUCGUCGGUCGCGAAGCGUGACCAGCCCCAGCCACGAGAUCGGAUAAACUGAAACAGAGACUCCGCCGAAGGGUUGUAAAAAAAUGUCGAACGCCCCGAGGAUCCAUCAGCUGCUGGCGAUCUUCUUCUGCUAUCAAGCUUUCAGCCAGAGCUUGAUACUGGAAGAAGAGAAGGAGCCGACUUACCUGACCGCCGGGGUGGGAGAGUACGCGGUGUUCAAUUGCGAUUUAGACUUCCCGCACGAGACCCCGAUCCCGUACAUUCUUCAGUGGAACCGUGAUGAUCGAACGAUCUUCUCAUGGUACAACGGACAUUCGACGGUGGGUAUGGGUUUCAAAGAUCGCGUCCACCUCCUGGAAGACGCGGUCAGCCGUGGUUACGGCCAGGGUAGCAUAAAUCUGACGAAUAUCCGCGAGAGCGACCAGGGAUGGUACGAGUGCAGGGUGAUCUUCCCGAACAGGACGCCGAAUUCCAGGAACAAUGGAACCUGGUUCCACCUCGCUAUAGAUGGUGCGUCGCCGUUCCCGACGUCUGUUCCAGGUAAGACGUUGCUGGCGAUCCCGCCCGUAAACAGAACUGUCAUGGAGGGUGAAUCGGUCAAUUUCCACUGCGUCUUCAGAGGGGAGAAGUCCAUUGUGAGUUGGUUCCGCGAGGGCACGGAGAUCACGAAAAUCGAGGAUUUCAAGAGGAGAGCGACCAUCGCCGAGGAUGGAGCCUUGGUGAUCAAUCCGGCCGCCAUGGGCGACCUCGGGGAGUACACAUGCGUGGUGACAGGCGAAACUGGGGAACAACAGAGCGCCUCCGCCUUUCUCAACGUUCAGUUCAAGGCGAAGGUUAUUUACGCUCCCCGGGAAGUCUACCUUCCAUACGGAAAGCCAGCCCUCCUGGACUGUCACUUCAGGGCGAAUCCACCCCUGACGAACCUACGUUGGGAGAAGGAUGGAUUUCUGUUCGACCCGUACAACGUUCAGGGCGUGUUCUACAGGAGAAACGGUUCUCUGUCGUUCACCAAAGUGGACGAGACCCAUUCCGGAAGUUACACUUGCACGCCCUACAACGAGCUGGGCACGGAAGGGCCUAGUCCCACCAUCACGGUGGUCGUUCAAAGGCCGCCGAUAUUUACGGUGACGCCCCAGCAUUUGUACAUAAGGAAGCUGGGAGAGACCCUGGAGAUCCCCUGCGACGCCCGGGACGGAGACCAGGCCCAUCGGCCCUCGAUCGUCUGGUACAAGGAUGGUUCACCGGUGCCGGCAGACAGGACCAUGAUAAUCGGUGGCAAUUUAACAAUCGACAGAAUCCAAGAGCAGGAUAGAGGGCUGUACCAAUGCGCGGCUAGCAACGAGGCCGCCACGGUAGUCGCCGAUACGGAAUUGAUGGUCCUGAACGUUCCACCGAGGGCUCCGUACAAUUUGAGCGCCAACAGCAGCAACAACGCCGUCACCCUGACUUGGGUGCCGGGAUUCGUCAGGCCGAAAACGGAGUAUUCCGUCUGGUACAAACCAACCGAUACCACGGAAUGGAGAACCAUGAAGAUCUUGUCGAGAAAGAUCACCGAGGCGACCGUGAACAACCUAAACGCUGGACGAGAGUACGAGUUCAUGGUGCUCAGCCAGGACAAGCACGGGGACGGGAUGUUUAGUAAAACGCUACGGAUCUUCACUCAGCCUCAUAUGAUCGACGAGAAUUCUGCGUCGGAGUAUCGUAGCCCGCCAGAAGACGAGAGAAUGGGUCCGCCACUGAACGUUCGGGUGCAAGCUACCGUGGAGGGUUAUUUGGUGACCUGGGAACCACCAGCUUACGGCAAGGAGCAAGUGAGACUCUACACCGUUGGCUGGUUCAGGGGCCCAUCCGAACGACUGUACGGCAAAGAGGAAACGACCGACACUUACUACCUAGUAAAAACGUUGGAGGAGGAGAGUUACUACACUUUCGAGGUGGCAGCCGUGUCGGUGGCGGACGACGUGGCGACCAGCGAGCGUGUCAGCCUGGAGGUACCAGCGUAUCGUAGAAACAGGGCGAUCUCCAUGGGUAUCGUAGCCGGGAUCGGGUUCCUGGCCGCCGCCCUGGCCGCCAUAUGGUGGGCCAGGAAACGUUUCUGUCAGUCGUCGAACCAAAAGUAGGAAUGCAACUCUACAGCAUCGUUCAGAUCGCGUACGUCGAUACGGGUCAGCCGCGAUUCGCUGUCCUAAUGUAGCGUUGUUCGAUUAGCCGUUAGAAUACACGAAGAAUUUCGUUUUGCAAACGACGAACAAAAAUUUCUCGAUUCGUUCGUGAAUCAGGAUCUGCUGCUAAAUCUCUCCAACGUUGAAACUAUAUCGAAUCUAUCGUUUUUGUUCGUCGUUCGGAGUUUGCGUUUUCGACGAUUCGCCGCCGUUCGUCGCGAAUCAAGUAUGUAAUAUAUUAUCGAGACCGACGUUAGACGUAGAUUUAGGGGGAGUAGAACCAACGGGGGGUGUUGGGAGGGCCGAGUUUGAAGCAACACGACCGUCAGAAUUUCUAUCUGGGACGGUUCAACUUGCUGCGUUUACGUACAUAUAAGUUACUACGAGUGUUAUUGCAUUGCAUCGUUACAUUAUGUAUCGUUUAAAAGCUUUAUUAGAUAAGUGCACGUUUAUUAAGGAUUAGUUCUGGCAUUUGAUCGUUAUUCGUGUAUGCUGGAUCGCGAGGAACGGGUUUUAUCCGGAGAGGAGAUCGUGGCUGAGAGCCUCGCGGACUUGGUAUUCCAACUAAAAAGGCUAGGGCUAUAUAUAUUUAUAUAUAUACAUGUAUACACAUCCGAUACGUUUUUCUAUUGUAAAUAAAUUGUGUCGAUUAUCUAUGCACCGAGCUUCCUUCCUCUGACUGCCACUGGGCGCUCAACGACCUCGAACACGCGAUAAGUGUGAUUAAAAUCGAAGAUAAUAUCAACGUAAUACGUUCGAAAUAAGUAUCAGGACACUUGGACGAACCAUUCUAACCUCGCGAAUGUCUGGAACAUUUUUCUAUCGGAGAUGCUUAGACAAAUAGCGACAAAACUUAACGCGUACGCCGUUGUACAAGAUACCUGUAGUCGAUAGAAACUUCAUAAAAUUAGGAAAACAACAUACCUUUAGCAUUCAUUAGCAUAUAAAAUUUCUA